CCUCAGGGGGUAUUUGAGAUUAUUUUCGAGAUACCUAUUCUAAUUGUACGCGUGCGCAGAAUUAAGCUACCUUUACCAUCCCAAGGUUGUGGCGUAGACAACAUUUCUAUUCGCCCUAGCAGAUUUUGCUCCUCCAAAUGGCAAGUCAUUCGAACGGAACGUUUACCUUGGUGCACUACUCUAACAGCUAAAUGCCUACAGUUGACGCGAAAACGGAAAGCCAGGGCAAGUACGCCGACGCGAGGCCUUGUCAUUACACUCAAGGGCUUUAAACAAUACGGGCAUAGUUUUACACUCGCGGAACCGGCAACGAUGACUUUAUAUUAAUAAAUCGAUGACGGUGAAAAAAUUGCUUAUAUUUAGAUCCCCGAGCGAGUCGUCAAGUAGUCUCAGGACGCAUAGAAAUGGCCGUCUUAAUGUUUCGCGCAUACGUCUCCAUUGUGGUCCUCGGAAUUUCAAGGAUGUCCUUCUUCGUGGAGCUUUCCCUGGCCUACCCAUUCACAAGGAAGCCAGGUGAUUCUAAUGGACAGGGUUUCACAGUUUACCCUGAAGUGUACGAAAGCCGGCAGGAGAACUCGGAAAAGAUAUUGGUCAUUGACGGAUACUCUCUUAACCUAAAAAAAGCUUCAGUUCUUGCCGACACAGUCCUGCUACUGGAGGUAACAGAAAACGGUACCGCCGAGCAAUACGUUCAAGGUCCCCACUACGAGAGGCACUUGUUCGAAGAUACGGACAAACUGGCAUCGCUGAUCCUUAAGCCUUUAGGUCGAGGAAAUUAUCACGUCACAGGCAUGGUGAAUUACACUCACAGAAUUGAGCCUUGUGAGAAUUCGGAACGGUCGUCACAGGAAAGAUUGGCGCACCAAAUAUCACUAAUCGACGUCACACCUGGGACUUACGAUGUUGUGGACGAUGUCGGUAAGCCGCAAGCUUUCUUUUGA